GUGACGUAAUGACAGUGGGCGGCAGCAGGUUGUUGGUUUUGUUUGGCUGUCAAGCAGCUGCAACUGCGAGCGACCGCAACUCGCCCAGCGAAAUUGGCUAAGUUGACUUUCGCCAGCCGGACAGCAGAGGGGACGCACACGUGGACCAAUUUGACGCAUUGUACCAGCACGCCGAGAAUGUCUUUCCCGACAGGACUGGGAUGAAGAUGAUAACAUGGCGAGUGGUGACACUGUGGCUUUAUGUUUCGCUAAUAUUUUGGUUUCCUAGCUGCCAUGUUGAUUGCACAGAGCCAGACCAGGAGGCCCAAAGGUCGCAGCCUUCGCAGGACAUCAUCUUGGAGGAAGAGUCAGGAGACGCUCAUCGUCAACACGAGGAUGACGAGAGCUCGGCUUUGCUCCCCCGGUCCUUGUCCAAAAAUGAGCAGUCACAAGAGGAGCAUCGAAAAGAGGAGCAGUCUACACAGGCCAUGGGCAAAAAAGAGACGCAUUCAAAGGCCCCAGAAUUGGACAAGCCCACAGCGUUAGAGGUCAACAAUGGCAUUUCACAGCCAGAGCCGGAAGAUGAGCGACGCUUAGAAACGGAAAAGCUCGAUGCACCCACUGCUCAAGACCAAGAAUCAGUUGUCCUCAUUAUGUCUUCCGAUACGCUCUAUGAAUCCGCUGUUGAGGACAAUCACAGCCCUGGUAUUGUUGAAUUUCAAGACACCGUUACAGUCAGUGCUUCAGACAAUGCAGAGGAUGAAGCGCAUCCUGAGGCCCUCGACUCUGACUCGCCACCUGCUGAAUGUGAAGAAGAGGCAAAUCCCUAUGAUCACGACAGGCGUCCUCCAGCAGUUUUGGAAAACAUGUCAAAUGCUCACACUACCGGUACCAAAACUCACAGUGACCCUCCUCCAAGUGCCCAAGAGGGCCGGCAUCUGGAUGGGAACAUGUCGCACUCCCUCAGCGAGCAAGAUGUGAGUGCUGCGGUCACCAUGGACACAGAGCCCAGUGUGAACAGCAAAGACCCAGAGGACAUCCCAACAUUUGAUGAGUGGAAACGCAAAAUGAUGGAGGUGGAGAAUGAAAAAACUCUGUCCACACAUACUUCUACUAAUGGGGGUUCCAGUGUGGUGAAGAAGGUCCAAAAAAACUUCAACAAUUAUGCUUCCGUGGAGUGUGGCGCUAAGAUUCUUGGGGCUAAUCCAGAAGCUAAGAGCACUUCAGCCAUACUGAAGGAGAAUAUGGACUUGUACAUGCUAAACCCCUGCAGUAAUAAAAUCUGGUUCAUCAUUGAGCUCUGUGAGCCCGUUCAGGUGAAGCAGUUGGAUAUUGCCAAUUUUGAGCUUUUUUCUUCUACACCCAAAGACUUUCUUGUCUCUAUCAGUGACAGAUACCCGACCAACAAAUGGCUCAAGUUGGGAACCUUUCAUGCCCGAGACGAACGCACGGUCCAGAGCUUCCCAUUGGAUGAGCAGCUUUAUGCUAAAUAUGUGAAGAUGUUCACCAAGUACAUAAAGGUUGAGCUGCUCUCUCACUUUGGCUCUGAACAUUUCUGCCCCCUCAGUCUCAUUAGAAUAUUUGGGACGAGCAUGGUGGAAGAGUAUGAGGAAAUAGCUGAGCCUUCUGAAAGACCCGAAGAUCAGGAUGAUGACUUGGAUCAUGCAUCCGGUUGUGGACCUGGUGAAGUCAAGUAUUCCAAGAAUCUGAUUGGCUCGGCUAAGGAUGUCAUUUUGAACAUGGUCAAUAAUAUCGCAGUAAAUGUUCUUGGUGGCAACUCUGAAAUGGAAGGAAACCUUUCAUCCCAGGAUGUGAGCGUGAAGGGGCCUGAUGCUAAUGAAACGAUGACUCAAAGUCCCGUCACAGCCCCAUCCACCGUUUCGGAGUUGGAAGAGGCAAGAUUCUCUCCAGACACAGACAUCACUGAAACCGGUGCCCCAUCUUCAACAACUGCUGUCCCCGAACUGCUGCCAGCCGAUCGUAGUGAACGGCAGCCUCCCCAACUGAAACAACAAAUUGUCAUCCCUUUAGAGCCAGAGGAAGAAGAAUCGAUCAGCUCGACAAUCACACUUUUGGAUGAAGAGGAUGAGUUAGAAGGGGAGAGAGAGAAAAUGGAUCGCAAUGAACCACAAAACGUCGACUUCUGCACACGUCUUCCUGUCUUUUCCUCUUGUUCGUGUGCAACCUCCCUUCAGGAGUAUCUGCAGCAGCAAUGUUUGGUGCUGCUGUUCAAAAGACGGAAAUGCCAAUCCGUGGACAAAAAGCAAAUGGCUCCGUCUAUCCGCACUCCCACAUGGCUCCCACCCUCACCCUCCUCCGCCGGUCCUGAACCCAAGCAGGAUCACAGUGAGCCACAUCAGCCCCAUGAAAAACAACAAGCUCCCGGGGGGGAGCCAGAAAGUGGAGCCCGCCUGUCAGAAGCACCUCAGCCUCCAGAGGACACUGCAGUAGAAUCCCAUUGUGAAUCUAUGUCCGAACCUCCUCUUCUGGAGCCCAGUCAAACAUCGAGCCUCCCCAAAGCCGCCACCACUGAUUCAUCCUCUGCCAACCCGACUGUGUUUGAGACGCCAGUGCUUUCUUCUGAGGCUCCAGCAAAGCCACUAAGCUCAGAAGCGAGCCAAGACAUGCUGGCUGUGGAGAAGCAUACGGAGGCUUUAGUGCCUCUCAGCAGCGCAAUCGUCGGAACCGCAGCGGAUGACGGCAAAGUGGCGCCGAUAGAAGUAAAGGCCAACAUAGUGUUCAAUGACUCCGUCCCAAAUCCUGACAUGACAGGUGAGUCCCGGACUGCUUCUCCUCAGGUAGACCGGUCCCCCGACCCAGCAGCUGCACUCGACAGUCUCGCUCUUCCCACUGAGCCAUCCCAGCCUGCUCCACACACCCCCAUCGAACUUGAGCUCUCUAGUAACGCCGCAGUCAUCAAAGAUGGCAAAACAGAGGACCUGACAGAAGAUGUCUCUACCCCUCCUCUCCCUCCUUUGCCUUCUACAUCCCCCUCACCGUCCCUCUCGGACAUCUACGCAGACCCUCCGAACGGCACAGAACAGAACGGCAACCUGAUGCACGGCUCCGGCCAGAAGGAGUCGGUGUUCAUGCGACUCAACAACCGCAUUAAGGCCCUUGAGAUGAAUAUGUCGCUCAGUGGGCGCUAUCUGGAGCAGCUCAGCCAGAGAUAUCGUAAGCAGAUGGAGGAGAUGCAGAAGGCUUUCAACAAAACCAUUAUUAAACUCCAGAAUACCUCCAGAAUUGCAGAGGAGCAAGACCAGCGUCAGACGGAGUCCAUUCAGUUGCUGCAAGGCCAGCUGGAGAAUGUGACUCAGAUGGUGCUCAACCUGUCGCUUCAAGUCAGCCAGCUGCAGAACGAGGUGUCCGACCGGCACAACUACCUGCUGCUGUGCCUGCUGCUGAGUCUGUGUUUCGGGCUGGCGCUGUUUGCCAACCGCUGCCGCGUCUCCAUCACGCCUCCGAAUGCAGAGCCACAGCCACCCACGGCGAACAGCUACAGCUACUGCUGUCCCGAGAGAAAUUUCACCUCCGGUGAUGACUGCAGUUUGAGGAGGAGUGCAUCCUACCCACUAAUCAGCUCAUUCCAGUUAGUGCCUAGUAAAGGUCCCGAAAGUCUUCAUCCGGAGGAGAGUCAAGCUAACCGAAAGAAAAGACGCCACAAGGUGAAAGUGGAGACGCUGACGUCCUUUCACGCCGCUCCACUGGCCUGCAACGGAGCCGCCGUAUGGAACGGCGCGCCCGUCACUACAAAGCCCGCCUCCCUGACGAGGACGCUGCUCCUGCCCAACUUUAGAGACUCUCCAUCAGAGGGCAGCUCGGAGACAUCUUCCCAUUCGGACGAUCCGUCCUUCUGUGGAAUCACCACCGCCUGCUCUCGGAUAUGUGACGAUCUGUCUCUGCCCAAGACCCGAGCAGAGAAAAGGGCGUUAAGAUGCAGGCGUCCCAAGCCCACUUGUGCCGUAGUGGACUUCCUUCAGGUUCCACACACAGACAAAAGCAAUACGUUGUCCAUCUCUGCUACACAGGACAUCAUGAACAUGAAGUCAAAGCCAAGCUCUGGGACUUUUGGACUAAAAAUCCCUCUCUCGGGACCUGUCUGACAUGGACAGUGGACAAAGACUGCAAGUUUGUACACAUGGCUAAACUUGUAAAAGAGCAUGACUGGUGAUGUUAGUUCCUGUUGGAACAAGAGGUGACAAUGCCAUCACUUCUACCGUUUUUUUUUUUAUGUCGUCGUCAUUGUUAGGACAUUUUUAUCUGUUGUCUUUCCAGCUUCCAAGUCAAACUUUUCCAAAUUGUUUUGGAUAAAAAGUGACGAACAUGAAGAACAUGCAAUGUGGAACAUUGAAUGCUAUCUUUCGGGUAACUCUCGAGCCAACCGAAAAAUAAAUAAUACAGUGAUGAUUCAUACUUCCAUGUGUGAAAAUACGCAACCGUACUCAUGCAUUAUUGUUACUGAUGACAUUUCGAGAAACAUCUCAUUUAUAUUUGUUUAAUGCUGCAGCUUCGUGGAUUAACAACAAAAGCAAAAAAAGUGGUAGAUUUGAAAUGUAUCCAUCUCAUUUGCACAUUUCCCCCAAAAAAAACAUAACUUCUAAAGCCCUUUUCAAAACAUUACAAAGUACUGUACAGUUCACAAUUAAACAUCAAAAACAAUUUGGCAGUAUUAAAAUAGUAACCUAAAAAAAUUACAGGUACAUAAAUGAUCAAAAAUACAGUAAAUGACAGACGACUAAUAACAACAUCAUCCUUCUUGCAUUUUACUUUCUUUCCCCAGCUGAAUAAAGCCGUCUCUGCGAAUUUGGACGUUGAAAAGCAAAUCAGGUUUUGUACUGUUUGCUUAUUCAUAGGAUGUCAGUUUUGAUAAGUGAUUAUUAAGUGCAAGUGAUUAUAUCAAACAGCAGAAUGCAAGGAUGUAUUUAAAUGUUCCCGCUAGGGAGCAGUGUUGGGUAAAAUAGAACAUUCACCCACAACUCAGUCCAACCACAAUUUUCAGUGUGAUGAUGAGUCAUUAAAAGUACUUGGAGGGCUCCCAUGAUUUUCAUUCACUUCGAGACAUUCUUUGAUUAAUCGUUAGCGAAUAUUACUCAAGGUGAGGUUUAUUAUUGAAUAUAUUGUAAUUAACUAUAACAUGUUGAGAAAUAAUUGUGCUUUACUUUUUAUGUAAAACACUAUGUGUGUGUGUAAUAUAUGUAUGUAUAUGUAUGUAUAUAUGUAUAUAUAUAUAUAUAUAUAUAUAUAUAUAUGCAGGCGCACACAAUCCACAAAGUCUGGGGCAAAAUGAGGUUAAAACCUGUUUAUUCAUCUGACUGGGUUUGCUUGCAGGGUGUGUGUGUGUGUGUGUGUGUGAGAUCAACACGGCUGAUGCUCUUUUCUCUCUUCAUUUUGUUAACAGAAUUCCUAGGUUUCUCUUGGCCAGCCUCAUCCAAAGAUUAUCUGUAAAUGAAGGACUGAAAUCCUCUUUCCCCCAGCACCGUGGAUUUAUCCGAGGUUAUGAAAUAAAUAUUUUCUGUGUGUGUAUGA